AGCUGGAUCGUUCAGUGAAGUCCUGUUAAUCGGGCGAGGGCGAUAGAGGAAAGAUCAUCAGAUACCAUCAGCAAUUCAAUCUUUCUCGCAUCAGGACAGUGAAGCUGAAAGCAGCAGAGCUUUAAAACACGAUUUGAGGCAUAUGUCAGUUUAACAGAGCUACCACAGGAUAGAGACCUUGUGAAGUAAUUUCCAAAUUAUGCAAUAUUCUGUAAAUAAGUGUGAAACUGUGAGAUAGACGCCACAGAAGAAACUGUACUGUAUGAUAAAGGCUUCAUGUUGCAUUACAGAAUGGAAAGUUGUGUUAUUUCACCUUUAUCAGAAGAAAUAAUCCCGUAUGAUCCCGAUGGUCGGCCGAUGUAUGACUUCUACUCGUAUCUCAGUACUGAGCCUGACGCUCAUACAGCAGGUGGAUAUGAAUAUCCAGGUGUUCAUGUCCAUCACAGUGAGUUUGAACCUUCUCAGGAAAACCAGUUAAUCGAGCUGCACUCCACCCCAUAUCGCUAUGUAGAUGUUGAGUCUUACCACCCGUCUGUAGAUCCAGGGAUGGGACCACUUCUGCCAGUAGUACCACCACAGUACACAUAUGUUCCUCCACUGCUGUACCCUCGGUCACCCGUCACCCGCAGCACUGAUGAUGAGGAGCCCGGGGGUCGCAGUCCACCUUUUGAGGUGUCAGAAGGUGAAGAGGACACUGACAGACAUCCAGGCGCAUCGAGUGCUCUGAUAGGAACCAAAAGGAAAGUGCGCCUCUAUCAGUUCCUCCUGGACCUUCUUCAAGACGGAGACAUGCGGGACUGCAUCUGGUGGGUGGACAGAGAGAGAGGCAUCUUUCAGUUCUCCUCCAAACACAAGGAGACUCUCGCCAGCCGAUGGGGCCAACAGAAGGGCAACCGCAAGAUGAUGACCUAUCAGAAGAUGGCCCGGGCUCUGAGGAACUACGGCAAGACCGGCGAGGUCAAAAAGGUGAAGAAGAAACUGACGUAUCAGUUCAGCAGCGACGUGAUGAGGAGAAUGGUGAUGGAGAGGAGGCAGUAUCAUCACUGAGACGGAACUGGACAU